GGCGCUAAUGCACCGUUAACGCUGGUGCUCAGCCGCCAAAACACCGUAAAGACAGGAGGAAGAAAGCUUCUGUUUCUUUUUGCUCAACAUUAGCUUCAGACUUUUAUAUAUAUCAUUCUACUUCUUUUUAAAACACUAUCAUUUUUAGAUUGUUAUCAUACGGUGGAGACUGUUUUGUGUGUUGUAUGCAUCCAGUAUGAGCGGGGGGUUGGCACCGAGCAGAAGCACUGUGUAUGUGUCAAACCUGCCAUUCUCUCUUACAAACAACGACCUGCACAAGCUUUUCACCAAAUAUGGAAAAGUUGUAAAGGUUACAAUCGUUAAAGAUAAAGAGACUCGCCUGAGUAAAGGGGUGGCGUUCGUUCUCUUCCUGGACAGAGAAUCAGCUCAUAGCUGUGCAAAAGCAGUGAACAACAAACAGUUGUUUGGCAGAACAGUGAAAGCCAGCAUUGCCGUAGACAAUGGACGAGCAACUGAGUUCAUAAAAAGACGCAACUACACGGACAAGACUAAAUGUUACGAAUGUGGGGAAACGGGUCACAUGAGCUACGCAUGCCCCAAAAACAUCCUGGGAGAAAGGGAACCUCCGAAGAAGAAAGAGAAGAAAAAGAAGAAUAAGGCCGAACAACCUGAGCAUGUUGAGGAAGAAGAGGAAGAAAGUGAAGAAGAGGGAGAGGACCCAACCUUGGACAGUCUGAGCCAAGCCAUAGCUUUUCAGCAAGCCCGUAUCGAGCACGAAGAGGAGACGCAAAAGAAGCGAGUGCGUUUGUCCCAAGAGGAAAAUGCUCACGCUUCAACAUCCUCAGACUCCAAGAAACCAAGGAUCAAAAAGAGCGCGUACUUCAGUGACGAGGAGGAGCUUAGUGACUGAUGAUACAGGAUUUAGACAUAAGCCGUUUGUUAAAUAUUCCUUUAUUUUUGUAAGUUGUAUUGUAUUAUAUGGGAGAUGCAUCCUUUUCACGGAUACAAUUUGUUUUUGUUUUUUUACUUCUUGUAAAUAAAAUGAAAUCAUUGUAGUACUUUUUUUUUUGUAUGUCAGUCAAUAAAAUCUUACACCAAA